AUGUUCAAUGAUAAAACGCAUUCAUGUCACUGCCUAGCCAAGGCGUUGUACGACAAUGCCGCCGAGAGUCCGGACGAGUUGGCCUUCCGGCGCGGCGACAUCCUGACUGUGCUGGAACAGAACACUGCCGGACUGGAGGGCUGGUGGAUGUGCUCGCUGCGGGGUCGGCAAGGCAUAGCCCCCGGAAACCGUCUGCGCCUUCUGCCCGGCAUGUACGAUGGCAACGAUUCAGAGCAUGCGAUGCGUCGCUCCUGGGCGGCCAAUCCCAACAAGGUUGUGACUCCUCAGAAAAUUGGAACAGUAUACUUGUAUGAUGUGCCUUUGGGAUCAAAAUUCCAUGAUAAACAUGAAGCUCCGAAAUCACCUAUGCAAAGAUACACUUUACAAGGCAGCUAUGAUACUCCUCCAGCUACGAAACCUCUUCGAAUGGAAGCGUAUGAUGAACCUAAGCCUCAUCCUUGUCGAUCUCCUCUACCAGCCGCAUCUGUCUACGAUUCCCCAAAAUCCAAUGCAGCUAUUUCUAACGAUGCAAUUAAUAUCCAUGACUAUGAUAUCCCAAGUGCUGAACAAAGUAAUGCUUAUGAUAUACCCCGACCUGCAGAGAAUGUGGGAAAUAAUAUUUCCCAUAUUAUCACUAUAUCUGAUAAUUAUGAUGUUCCACCCUCUGCAUUUAAGAAUAGUCCUCCCAUUUAUGAUGGCAGAGCUUUUAGUCGCUCCAGUGGUGACACAUCAGGUAGCUCAUCUUUCAGAUCCCCUUCUGGAAGUCAUUCAAGUAUUGAAACAUUAUCUCUUUCAAGUGUUGGUGGUUCUAAUCGUUCCAGUAUGGAGCAACAUCCAGGUGAUCUCUACGAUAUUCCUCCAGAACCACAGCCGAUAAAUGAUCCGCGAUUGGCACAAUUACGCAAUACAGUUACCAGUGUGCCUUACCAGACUAGUGGUACACAAGAGACAUACGAUGUACCUUCAAGCAAUAUGCCAGCACAGUUUUAUGAUACUCCUUCAAAACCAGUUAAAGUACAACUCGGCGUAGAUGCAGGAGUUUAUGACGUACCUCCUCAAGCUGUACGAGAUACUAGUCCAAUACCCAAAACUGAUGUUGUUGAUUCAGUUGGUCAGAUUGCUCUUGCCGGUUCAAAUCUUUCUGAAAACAAAAGUUUAGAUGACUUUUCCGAAUGCUCUGAGCUUUUAUUGGACCGUGAAUCUGCUGUUGAGGUGCUCAUGAAGUACCAGCAUGAAGUUCAAAGUUCUAUAUCGAAACUUUUCAGCUUUGUUAGCACAACAUGGAGAAAAUAUGAGAAUAUGGAGGCGAAGUUAAGUGAAAUUGAAACAGUGUGUCACAGGUUACAGAGCUCCUUGGUGGAUCUGUAUAAUUUUGCUCGAGGGGCUUUAGCCAAUUCUGCCCAUGCUGCUGACAAAAGUCUUUGCUUUAAGUUAAAUAAACUAACUGUUCCCAUAAAAGAAUCGUGUUCUACUGUUAAGAACUGUGUUCAAGCAUUAGACGAAAAAAGAUGGGUUGCUUCAAAGUUGGCAUAUUCUGAUGAGUCUAAUGCGCCGGAUGAAUUAGAUACUUUGGUUGCUUGUGCGCGAAAUCUCGUUGAAGAUGUUCGUCAGAUCGCUUCUCUAAUACAAGGGAAUUCUACACUGUUGUUUAAAAGCCAGGUAACCUCAGAAAAAGUAAAGCCACCUGUAGCUCCUAAGCCAGAUUUAAAAGCCAAACUUUCUUCAGACAAGCAAGGAAAUAAGCUACAGGAGAGACCCCUGCCGCCUACUCCAGCAGGUUUGUUAAAGACUCAGCACAGUGGGGAGUAUUUCAACGAAUACGAUUAUGUGAAUUUAGAGUCAAAAGAAGCGGUUGAAAGGGAAAACGAAUCCAUCAAGGCUGCUCUGCCCAAAGAUAUGUGUCAGUCUUUCGACGAACUCGUGAAGCAGUCGGAAGUGCCGGUAGUCAGCCACUCUGAGAAUGUUCCUGAAAUCAUCGAGAAGAUCAUUUCACCUUUAGACCAAAAAGAUUUGCAGCUUCUUUUGUUUUAUGGUUCGCAGAUAGAAACACAUAUCAUGCAUUUAACUAAUGCCAUUGAUGCCUUCCUGAUGACCAUUAAGAAUAACCAGCCUCCGAAGGUGUUUGUGGGGCACAGCAAAUUCAUAGUAAUAGGGGCGCACAAGCUAAUAUACAUUGGAGAUACCGUGCAUCGUAACUUGAAUAACCCCGAGCUCAAAACGCAAGUAAUGCACAACUCCAAUGGUUUAUGUGACUCGCUUAAAACUUUAGUGGGUAAUACUAAAAAGGCAGCAGCCGAAUUUCCUUCCGUUGUUGCGGUUCAGGAAAUGGUUGAUAGCGUGGUAGACGUCUCCCAUCUUGCUAAUACCCUCAAGAUGUGUAUUCUGAAAGCUUCAAAAUCCUAA